CCGGUGUUACCUCUCUCUGUCCCCUCCAGACUCGCCAUGUUGUCGGUUUAAAUCUGUUGCCCCAGUUUUCUCUUUUUAACCGUAGAUUCACUUUUCAUAGCGCCGCUGAUUUACUGUCAAAGUACCAAGAUGUCGAACGUGUCUUACUACAUCUCCAACUUGUUGGAGAAAAUGACAUCAACUGACAAAGAUUUUAGGUUCAUGGCCACUAAUGACCUGAUGCUGGAGCUCCAGAAGGACAGCAUUAAGCUGGACGAGGACAGCGAGAGGAAGGUGGUGACCAUGCUGCUCAAACUGCUGGAGGACAAGAACGGGGAGGUGCAGAACCUGGCUGUAAAAUGCCUGGCCCCUCUGGUGAGUAAGGUGAAGGAGCCUCAGGUGGAGACGAUGGUGGACACGCUGUGUUCCAACAUGAUGUCAGACAAAGAGCAGCUGAGAGACAUUUCCAGCAUGGGACUGAAGACUGUGAUCGCUGAGCUGCCGCUGUCUUCAUCAGGUUUGAGCCUGACAGUCAGUGUGUGUAAGAAGAUUACCUCCCAGCUGAUUGGUGCCAUGGGGAAACAAGAAGACGUCUCAGUUCAGUUGGAGGCCCUGGACAUCUUGUCGGACAUGUUGGGAAGGCUGAGUGGUGCCCUGGUCAGUUUUCACAGCUCUUUGCUCUCCAGUCUGCUCCCUCAGUUAACAAGCCCCAGGAUGGCGGUCAGGAAGCGCUCCAUUUUGGCUCUCGGCCACCUGGUGCCCUGCUGUAGCCCCGCCCUCUUCUCCCAGCUGACUGAACACCUGCUGACGGAGUUGGCCAAGGGCCCGCCCACUUCUAUGACGAGGACGUACAUCCAGUGCCUAGCAACCAUCAGUCGUCAGGGCGGACAUCGAGUCGGUGAACAUUUAGAGAAGCUGAUUCCGAUGGUGGUGAAGUUUACCGGUGUGGAGGAUGACGAGCUGAGAGAGUAUUGUUUCCAGGCUUUUGAAGCCUUCAUACGAAGGUGCCCAAAGGAGAUGUCCCCCCAUGUUGCCACAGUAACACAGCUUUGUCUCAAGUUCAUGACCUUUGACCCAAACUACAACUACGAUGAUGAGGAGCAGCAGGAAGAAGACAGCAUGGACGUAGAGGAAGGGCUGGAUGAAGAGUCGGACGAUGAGUACAGCGACGACGACGACAUGAGCUGGAAGGUGCGGCGCUCCUCCAUCAAGUGUCUGGAGGCGUUGAUCCACACUCGCCGGGACCUCCUGCUCUCCUUCUACUCCUCCAUCUGCCCCGCUCUGCUGGCCCGCUUCAAGGAGCGCGAGGAGAACGUGAGGGCGGACGUCUUCGCUGCCUUUUCGACGCUGCUGAGACAAACGCGAGUGGGAUCUGGUCACCACGGCAACGUCAAGGCCGGCUCAGACUCAGCGCUGAGCCGGGAGGAAGAGCCGGCCGUCGCCAUGCUGGAGACACAGGUGCCGGUGAUAGUGAAGACGCUCCACAGACAGCUGAAGGAGAAGAGCAUUAAGUCUCGACAGGGCUGCUUCUGUUUGCUCACUGAGCUCUCUCACACGGUACCUGGAGCUCUGGAGCAGCACAUACCUGCUCUAAUACCUGGCAUCGUCUUCUCCCUGACAGACAAGUCCACCUCCUCCACCAUGAGGAUCGAUGCUCUCUCCUUCUUCCACGUCCUCCUCCUCUCCCACCCUCCUCAAGCCUUUCAGCCGCACAUGCAGGUGCUGCUGCCUCCAGUGGUGGCGUGUGUAGAAGACACGUUCUAUAAGAUCACCUCGGAGGCUCUGCUGGUCGCCCAGCAGCUGGUCAGAGUGAUGCGACCGCAGGGACAGAGCGCCACAGCCGGACGAUUCGACCCUAAACCGUUUGUCAAAGAGGUGUUUUCUGCAACCCUGAAGAGGCUGAAGGCAACGGACAUCGACCAGGAAGUGAAAGAGAGGGCUAUUUCCUGUAUGGGUCACAUGGUGUGUCACCUUGGUGACCACCUGGGGGCGGAGCUACAAGGUGUUUUGGCAAUCUUCCUGGAGAGGUUGAAGAAUGAGAUCACAAGACUGACAGCAGUUAGGACCAUCACCCUCAUCUCUGCGUCUCCAUUAAAGAUCAACUUGUCGUCCAUCCUGCCAGAGACUCUGUCUGUGUUGGGAUCGUUCUUGCGGAAGAACCAGCGAGCUCUGAAGCUCGGCACGCUGGCGUGUCUGACAGCGCUGGUCACGCAUCAUGCCGCCAGCAUCAAGCCUGCCGCGCUGGAGCCCGUUCUGAGCGAGCUUCCUGCUCUGGUGGACGAGGGCGACAUGCACGUAUCACAGGUAUCCGUCACCUUGCUGACCUGCAUGGCCAAAUGGUGUCCCUCCUCUCUGGCUAAGAUCAGCUCCUCCGUGCUGCCGGGAGUCUUCAGACUCGUCCACUCUCCACUGCUGCAGGGUGCAGCACUGGCAGCCAUACUGGACUUCCUACAGGCACUGGUGCUGUCCAAAACCAGUAACCUGGGCUACAGUCAGUUGCUGAAGUCUCUCACCGAUCCGUUCCACCGCUCCCAGUCUUCAGACAGCACCAUCAUCCACAGACAGUCGUACCAGUCUGUGGCUCGCUGUGUGGCCGCUCUGUCCUCCUCCUGCUCCAAAGAAACUCCAGCCACGGUGGCCGGCCUCAUGCAGGAGGUGAAGAACCCUGGUUCUCCAGAGUCUGCCCGAGUCCUGGCUCUGUUGUGUCUGGGGGAGCUGGGGAGGAGCGGCAGCCUGGGGCGGAGUAAGGAGGUGCAGGGAGUCAUCCUGGAGGCCAUCUCCUCCACCAAUGAGGAGGUGAAGACGGCAGCAUCCUGCGCUUUAGGCAGCAUGGCGGUCGGCAGCCUGGACGAAUACCUGCCCUUCCUGCUGAAAGAGAUCUCGGCCCAGCCGCGGAGACAAUACCUGCUGCUGCACUCCCUCAAAGAGGUCAUCAGUGCCUGUCCAGCCUCUAGUCUCUCGGCCCAUGUGGAGUCUAUCUGGGCCUUGCUGUUCGACAACUGUGAGUGUCAGGAGGAGGGGACCAGGAACCUGGUGGCUGAAUGUCUGGGAAAACUGACUUUAGUCAACGCUGCCCAGCUGUUACCCCGGCUCAAACAGCUGCUUAGAGCCGGUUCUCCUCUGGCUCGCAGCACGGUGGUGACAGCUAUCAAGUUCACUAUUGUUGACCAACCUGCUCCCAUAGACUCCCUGCUGAAAGAGUGCAUAGGAGACUUCCUGAAGACCCUGCAGGAUGAGGACAUCAACGUGCGGCGCGUCGCUUUGGUGAUGUUUAACUCUGCAGCUCACAACAAACCAUCUCUGAUCCGUGGUCUCCUAGCAACAGUGCUGCCUCACCUCUACAAGGAGACCCAGAUCCGGAAGGACCUCAUCAGAGAAGUGGAGAUGGGUCCAUUCAAACACACUGUGGAUGACGGGUUGGAUGUGCGUAAAGCGGCAUUUGAGUGUAUGUACACUCUGCUGGACAGCUGCCUGGAGGGGCUGAACGUACUGCAGUUCCUAGAUCAUGUGGAGGAAGGACUCAAAGAUCACUAUGAUAUCAGGAUGCUGACUUUCCUGAUGUUGGCUCGACUGGCGUCUCUGUGUCCGGCAGCUGUUCUCCAAAGACUGGACAGACUGAUAGAGCCUCUUAAAGCUACCUGCACUACCAAGGUGAAGGCCGGUUCUGUGAAGCAGGAGUUUGAGAAGCAGGAGGAGCUGCGGCGCUCGGCCAUGCGCGCUGUCGCCGCGCUGCUGGCCGUGCCCGAGGUGGAGAGGAGCCCCAGCAUGGCCGACUUCGCCAACCAGAUCAGAACCAACGCUGACAUGGCGUCAAUCUACCAGAGCGUCCAGGGAGGGGAGGGGGGUGGCUUAGGGUCAGCAGAGAGCAUGGAUAUCAGCUAGACUCCCAGGUUUUGGUUUAUAUUUUUUUAGAUAAAGGCCUUUUUUAAAGAAGCACAAUGCUGUUCCACUUUCAUACACAAUCACAGCUGUAUUUUGAAAACUGGGCUUUUUAGUAUGAAUUUCCUCUUUAGCAAAAUAAAUUAAAUGAUUGACAGUU